UAAAUAAAUCUGCAGCUGGUCCGGUCAAGUGGCGUUCCUUCAUACUAGACUCGGUGAUAUUUUCGUUGUAAAAUCUCAUUUUACGACACUUGGAGAAAUAUUUUAAACAGAACGUGUUCGUCUUUGUGUUCAUAUGUGAGAAAGUAUUGAUUGAAAACGUCAGAAAUGUAAUAGUUAUCGUCCUGAAAAAGCCAGUAAGUCAGCAACCAAGUCAAUUUACACGCACGAGUGGUGAAUUGUUUUUCAGCGGACGCGCACGCGUUGCUCGGCCGUGAGAGACGGGUAGUGGAAGACGAGUCGGUGCGGUCUCUAUCUCUGUGAGUCGCGGACUAUCGUGAGCAAUGAACUCGCCAUUGGGAUUCAUAAUUGCUGGUACCGCAAUUGUGGUCUGUUUUCACUGGAUAUGUGUCGGUGCUUCCGUUUCGAGUGGUGUGGUGAAUAUUACGGUGACAAAUACAUCAGAUUGUGUUUGCAAUCCAGUAGGCUCCCUGAACACGACAUGUGACAACACGACCGCAGACUGCCUCUGCAGAAACGGCUACGAAGGACCAAACUGCACCGACUGUCAAGAUGGCUACUAUCACCAUAGCAACCGAAGCGCGGAAUGCAUUCCAUGCCAGUGCGACGAGACGGGGUCCUUGAAUAACAGCUGUGACAGAUAUGCCACAUGUUCAUGUAAGCCAGGCGUAGGGGGAAAACAGUGCAACCAGUGCCUCAGUGGACACUACGAACUUUCAGCAACCGGAUGCAAACAGUGCACUUGUGACAAAGUAGCCAGUGUGUGCCUUGACCAAUCAAAAUUCCGUUCUUCCAGCCAUCCGUCCAUGUGCCACUACUGCCUUCUGAACGAAACCUGGGUUAACCAGUGCACAAAGCCGACCUGUCUGCCCAGCGAGUACUUGACGCCGGACAGCGUCUGCACGCCCUGCCAGUGCGGCCAAUCACAGGGGACCGUACACGGGACGCGACAGUGUGACCUGAUGACUGGGAAAUGCCCUGAAUGUGAAGGCGAGUCCUGCUCAAAAGGAGGUAAUUCCCAGUAUCAGGUCUACAUCAUCGUGAGCGGUGCCGCAGCUGGGGUCGUCGUAAUCGUCCUCGCGAUUCUGCUCACCGUCUAUUGCCGACGGCGGUGUCGCAGACAAGCCAACAGGCCGCGACUACCUCUCUGGACCAUUGAGCUACGACAGGAUGAAGACAGGGACGAGUUCGACGCAACGCAGGAACUAGCGUUCGACGAUUUGGAUGUAAUGUACCUCGACGAUUCCUAUCUCAUGGAACCCACCCCAGAAUACUUCAAUGAAUCCACCGAUAACCUCAAUGGCAGGGCCGGCUACCACACGCUGAGUAGUGGUUAAGUUUACAGACUUUUUCCCUCCACAUUUUAUUCUUUUUGUGGUACAGGAGCAGAGGGUUCCUUUAGAAGGACCAUGUGCUUUAAGUUAUGGAGAGGAGAUGAUGAGGAAGUUGCCAGAGUGGUAAUCAGGGCAUCACAAGGCAAUCACAUGUCCAUCACUAGUCAGCACAUGUCAAUCACAUGUCCAUCACUAGUCAGCACAUGUCAAUCACAUGUCCAUCACUAGUCAGCA